CCCCGCAACCCACUAUGUCAUGCUGGUGCUGUGUGUUUAUAUAUCACAAUUGUUUUUAGGGUUUCUAAUAAUAUUUGAUAAGAUGCGUUUUGUCAGAGAUUGUUAUCUUGUUCACCUUGGCGUCUAUUGAUUUUGUAUUUUCAGCGGUGCUCUUCUCUGCCCUGUUAGAGUUUAAAGCAAAGUUUCCAGCAGCAACUAAUCCUAAUCUCAUCUCCAAAGUUUCCAGCAGCACCUAAUCCUAAUCUCAUCUCCAAUGGAAGUCUCAAAAAGUGAGCGCAUAUUGGGAAAUCCUUAUGUAUAUGUUGGGGAGAUCUCAAAAAUGUUGAGUAUACUAGGACAACCUUUUGUAUUCUCCCAUACGGAAAACAUCGGCGACUUAUUGCUCCCUAGGAAGUGUAGCUCGAAGGAGGUGUUCCGUGCUAUGUCUAUGGCCUAUCACAAUGCUUUUAAUGCUCGUUUCGAGGUUUUAGCUUCAGUGAAGAUUGAAGAGUUGGGGUCCAUGGAAAAAACAAGAGGUAAAAUGAAAGACACAUUGAAAUGGAUGGCAGCUACUUAUAUAGGCCAAAUAGCUGAUAAGAGAAGAGAUGACAAGUAUGAGAGUUACAAGAAAAACAUAACGAGCUCUCAUGAUAUAGGUAUAGGUGAGAAGGAGAGUUCCAUGAAAUCGAGAAAGAAGAAAUCUCAUGAUAGAGAUGAGAAGGAGAGUUCCAUGCAGAAGAGAAAGAAGAAAUCUCAUGAUAGAGAUGAGAAGGAGAGUUCCAUGAAGAAGAGAAAGAAGAAAUCUCAUGAUAGAGAUGAGAAGGAGAGUUCCAUGAAAAAGAGAAAGAAGAAAUCUCAUGAUAGAGAUGAGAAGGAGAGUUCCAUGAAAAAGAGAAAGAAGAACAGCUACUCAGAUAGCUCUGAUAGCUCUGAUAGCUUGGAUAGCUCUGAUAGCUCGGAAACGGAAACCUCUGAUAGCUCAGAUAGUUCGGAUAGUGCUUAUAGCUCAGUAAGCUCACACAGCUCAGAUAGUUCUGUUGAUAAGAAACUUGAAGGAUUAGUUGACAAACGCAUUUUAUCACUGUUAAAAUUAGCUGAUGUACUGGGAUAUCCUUACGAAGAGUAUAGGCCAGCCCUUAAUGGCAUAACUGACCAGAUGGGCCGGGACGAUGUGUUACAUAUAAUGCGUUCUCAAUAUUUAACCAGCAGACAAGAUCGAUUUGAUGCUGCAACUAGAAUGGAUGAAACAACAGAUGAAAGAAGAGAUGAGGAGAAUCAGAGUUCCAAGAAAAAGAGAAAGAAGAACAGCCGUGGAACUGAUGAAAGAAGAGGUAAGAAAAAUGAGAGUUACAAGAAAAAGAGAAAGAAGAACAGCCAUGGAACUGAUGAAAAAAGAGGUGAGAAGUCUGAGAGUCACAAGAAAAAGAGAAAGAAACACAGCCAUGGAACUGAUGAAGAAAGAGGUGAGAAAAAUGAGAGUUACAAGAAAAAGAGAAAGAAGAACAGCCAUGGAACUGAUGAAGAAAGAGGUGAGAAAAAUGAGAGUUACAAGAAAAAGAGAAAGAAGAACAGCCAUGGAACUGAUGAAAGAAGAGGCGACAAGUAUGAGAGUUACAAGAAAAAGAGAAACAACAAGAGGUGAGAAGAAUAGGAUUGAUUUCCAUAAAACAAAGAAAGAAGAACAGCUAUUAGUCUUGGUGCGUUUCUAAAGUACCCUACUAUUAAUUAUAGGUUGGAGUUAUGUAUGUAAGUGGUUCAUGUAUGAGAUUGCUUGACUGGUUAUAUAUCCGGAGUCAAGGAAGACUUUACUGACUUAA